AUGGAGAAAGCAUUUAGCAAAUGGUUCAAGUGCAACGAAUAUUCGAACGAUUCGACAUUUCUUGAGCAUUUCAACCGACUUCAAGAAGCCGAGGAGGGUCUUAAUACCCAAGUUUUAUACUCCACGCAUGACAAUCAGUCUCAAGAUGAGCAAACACAACCGCAGUGCGAGAUUUUAUCCCAGACACUCCAAGAAGUCCAACCGCAGUCAAUCCAACUUCAGAAUCCUGUGCAGCACGGUGGAUAUCAUGCUUCUCACGGCUCAUAUCAAUUGAGAGAUAGGAAAAACAUGCAGCAAACAUACGAGGGGAUAGAUAUAAUGGCGGCCGAAAAUUCCUUGAAUGGUACAACCAUCGCAGGUCUAAAUGUGGAGACGUCACCCUUCGCUGAACCUCUCAUAUCCAUCAAGAAGAAGAGGAAUAAGUUUUAUCAAUGUCCGUGCAAUUCAUAUAGAGCGGCGCAUCCACCACAUCCGAUGGAUUGUGGAAACUUAGAGUACGCUCUUACAGGAAAGACAGAUAACCUACUUGAAACGCUCCCUGACGAGGCACACUGUGUCGAUAUUCGAAAACGUCUCGAACGUCCACAGUUCAAAAAGGUAAAGCAGAAUUGCCUUAUUGUAGGAUGGAUCAAGAAAGCCUCCAAGGACCAUUCGUCGAGCUACGAUUAUGUUCGGUCUACCCGGAAAUGGGAUAAAUCACUAGAUGAUGUCAACGAUGAUCUGCUUCAUGCCCCAUCGCUCUAUGAAGAUGUAUCCUUAGAUGCAGGUAAAUGUGAUUCCGAAGCUUUACUUGAACCACCUGAACUCGACUUGGACAAUCACAGCUUGUCAGAUGACAUCAACAACCUCAACUUCGGCCUGAUUUCCACCAUCUGGGAUAUUGAAGUAGACACCUCAAAGACAAAUUCAGGAAUUCUAGAAUCAUCCGAAUCCGACCCCGGCUAUAGUAGCCCGGGUUCAGCAGACUCUAUUGGAAAUGGUACUAGUUUUUCUCUUGACCGUCCUAAACCGAGACGACAGUCUAUGUUCAGCGGCUCAAAUUGUACAGACGAGGGUUGCUGUACAGGUUCAUACAGUGACCUUGAUCUCGAUGGUGGUCGACAGGCGUAUUUGCGAUCACGACGCAACGAUUUGUCGGGCAUACAAGAAGAAGAAGAAGAACCGCGUGACUCAGAGGAGAGUACCGGUAGUCUUGAGGCUGAUGCACCGUCAGACCACUGUGAUAUUGGCGACUACUGUGACAACAACCUUCAACACAACGACUCUGAUUUUGCACUCUCGUAUUGUGAGAAGGACGACAGCUCGGACGAUGGACUGAAACUCGUUGACCCGCGCUAUGCUCUCCUAGCUCCCUCUGGUACCAGAAGGCCAUCAAUAGAUUUGGCCAAAGAUAAAGAGGAGCUUUCGGCACCUGCUUUGAUCGAAAUAUUGAUUCAAGUAGCGAGAAAACAAAAAGAGGAUUUGGGCAAGAUUGAUGGGCAUAUUCAAUCGUAG